CCACCUUUUAAUUUGUCACUGCUCUACUACUUCUUAUGCUUUGAAAUGGUACUACUACUCUUCUAUCUUCAAUUUUGCAAAACUUGGCGGAUAUAUAUAUGGUUGAGUUUAUAAUUAGUGGACAUCAUCAACCUCUGGCCUUGCAAAUUCUAUGGUUCUUGUUUUUGUCAAACAUGGAGAGAGCAAUAAUAAUACACUACGGGGUUCUGCUUUUAACUCUAUUAUGUGCCUCCUUUAUCUACGCACUUGUACCCAAUACCACUAAUAUUCCAGGUUUCAUAACCAUUGAUUGUGGAUCGAGCAAAGAAUACUUGGACGAAGAAACAGGAAUUUGGUACGAGACGGACAAAAGCUUAGUAGAAACAGGAAAGAAUUGGAAGGUUCCAGGGAGUUCAAAUUUAAACGAUCCAUACUUCGGAAAACCAUCAAGAACAGUGAGAUGCUUUCCGGAGGGAGUGAGAAACUGUUACACACUAAGAGCGCCACAACAACAGAGGUAUCUAAUUAGGGCUAUAUUCACAUAUGCCAACUACGAUGCCAAAAAUCAAAGCAUGACAUUUGAUAUUCACCUUGGCGUGAAUUCAUGGGCCACAGUGAGUCUUGAUUCCAAUUAUUAUUGGUCUUUCACUGAGAUUAUAUACACUCACACCAGUGAUUCCAUACAAGUUUGUCUUGUAAAAACUGGCCAAUCAAUUCCUUGCAUUUCUUCGUUGGAACUACGCCCUUUGAACACCUCUGUUUAUGCUCUCAACUCAACCACCAAUCCACAAUCAUUACUGUGCUAUCAAUCACGGAUUGACCUUGCAUCACUUACCUCCCCUCAAUAUAUGAGGUACAGAGAUGAUGUUUAUGACCGGAUUUGGAGGUAUGAUCGCGACGUAGAUAGUUGGCCAAGCUUGGUAUUAGAAGAUAACUCCACUGCCAUUGAUAUUGAUGCUUAUAAGUUACCAUCCCAAGUAAUGAAAACUGCUGCACAAUCACUGAAUAUGUCGCAUCCCUUAGAAUUGGGUCUCUCCACUUUGCUAAUAGAUCUUGAUGACGCUACAGAGUAUUAUGUGUACUUCCACUUUGUGGAAAUUCAGAAACUCACGGCUGGGAAAAAAAGAUUAAUUAACAUAGCCCUUAAUUCGCAAAGCAUACACUCACAACCCUUGGUUCUUGAAUACCUGAAACCAGUUACUGUUGGUUCUUCAUACACAGCACAAGUUAAUGCUACUUUUAGUAUUAGUGCAGCGUUAGGAUCGGAAGCUCCUCCUAUCCUCAACGCCUUUGAGGUCUAUAAGUUGAUCACGCAAAUCGAUUCUCCAACUGACCCAAGGGAUGGAAACAACCUUUCGGGUUUAAUUCCUAAGGCUCUUCGAAAGAAGGUUGCAGAUGCAAGUUUGCAAUUAAGGUUCGUUUUCAUAUUUUCUGAAUCUCUGGUUCAACAUUUUCCCAAUGCUGCUAUACAUGGCGAUGAACUAUACAUGCAUUGUUGGUGGUAA